AUGUCGGAAACAUCACGUCCGCUCCUGGUUGGCUCCGAGGAACCUGCCUCACCUUAUCCCAUAAAAAUGAAAGGUGAAGUGGUUCGAGGGUUCGGACGAGGAAGUAAAGAUCUAGGAAUUCCGACAGCCAACCUAUCGGAAGCAGCGGUGGAAGCACUUUGUAAAGACACGAACACUGGAAUUUACUUUGGAUGGGCGCAGGUCAGCGGGGAUCAAGUAGUCUAUCCAAUGGUGAUGAGUCUGGGGUGGAAUCCCUAUUACAAAAACGAGAAGAAAAGUGCGGAAGUUCACAUCAUUCAUACAUUUCCUGAGGAUUUUUAUGGAGCGGAAUUACGUGUGAUCGUAUUGGGUUACAUACGUCCGGAACUUGAUUAUACUUCGCUUGGUAAAUUUAGAACUCCGUCUUUUUUCAGCAAGGAUUAA